CUCGAUCCUUCGGCUCGGUCUUCUACUGAUGCUUCCUACUUCCCAUUGGUGCAUCCUAUCAGCAUUCGCACAACGGAAUGGAGCGGCACUUCGGCUCGAAUCGUCGACCACCACCUGACUAGUCUUUGCGCUGUUCGGUGCUCGUGAGUGGCGUCAAGGUAUGAUGUGAUCUCCGUGUUUCUUCGGUCUCGGUCCCCGGAUUGAGUAUGGAGAGUGGCACAAAUACGAUGUGGUGGACCAUGGGCUAUUUCAAUACGGCUGAGUGAAGCUUCUCUGAUUGAGAAUAGCCGGCAAUAAGAAUUGCCCGCCAAAAAGCUUCAGCUACAUCGAAGAACUCUCUCAAGCACCAACAAAGUGAGCGUGACCACUCGAACCGAAAAACUACGAUAUUCAGCCUCGAUGGAACCACAAUUUGCUCGGAAUAUAGCCCUUGGAGGAGAUGGGGUAAGUGUUGAGGAUGCUCCGUUUGCAAAUUUCCCUGCCGGGAAGCCCAUAACUGCUGUCGACAUAGGCAGUGCUGGGCAGGUAUGUAUACACAGAGGGUAUGUCGAUGUUGCGGACGUGCCACGAUUUUCCUGCCAGCUGCAAGCGAAAACUAUCAGGGUGAUAUUCCGUACGACAUCAGGUUCAUUCUCCAGGCAGAUGCCAUCUGAAAAUGUGUCCACAAAUGGGAUUUCCAGGUCAGGCUUCAUCGUUUGCACCGAAUGUUACCGAAGUGGCAUUGUCUCAGCCCUCCCUGCGUCUUCGAUCUCAAGCGUCAGUCCAUGUACGAGUGCUCGUGGCCAUGGUUCCAUCUAUACCGGCACCGCCUCCCUGCACUCCUGCUCGAGCACGGGCAGAAGUCAUUCGAGCGCGAGCACAGAGAAGGCAAGUGGUUCUGGCUUGUCCUGUCGGGACCUUCUGAGGUUCUGGACGCCUGAUCCGACUGGAAGCACGCUUACUUGUAACACAUACAUAAAUACCGAAGACGCUGACUUCGAAGAUGUAAAAAGGUUUCGGGAUCAUGCGGCCUUCUUCCAAAGACAGAGCCUUCACGGUGACCCCAGGCAGAGCCUCGAUCUCGCGAAGGGAGAACCAGAAUUCUAUGUAUUGUCAAACCGUUUCUACACACGUUGGAUGGAGAAGAAGGCUCUGGAAGUCCAAUGUCAUUGUUUUGGCAUAAAAUUGCGAAACCAUAAUGUUGACUACGAACCUUUUCAGGACACUUUCUUUACAGCCCUUAUAAAACCAACAUCCGCUGUCCGGCUCUUCAAUGGUGAUGUUGAUCAGGGCAUACGCCUGGUGACUAUCGAGCUGCUAGACAGUCUGCUUAUCAUCUGGACUUCAUUUCUGGAAUCAAUCUCGUACGAUACUGCUUAUCUACCGCACGAUCGUCUGCAAUCGAACGCGAGAAAGUCGUCACCCGAGUGGCGACAUGUCAAAGGCUUUGCGAGGGCGAUCAGGGAGAUCAUCAUGUGCUCCGAGGCUGCUAUUGAAGCUAUCUCCUUGAUCACCACUUUGACCGAGAACGACAAAACGAUUCUCCGCGACGUAGAGUUUGAGAAGCGUCUGCUGCAUAAGGAUGCUUCUAACAGUAUGGAUGAUCUUGAGCAGAGCAUGGAGCGACUACUGACUAGAACUGAGCAAGCGAUAAGCCAGCGGCAGGAUCUCAACAUCGGGCGCCUAACUAUUUUGUCGGCAAUAUUCCUUCCACUUACUACUUCUUGCAGUUUACUGAGCAUGUCUACACGCGUCAAUCAGCUUGGUGCACUCUGGUGGGACUGGCUUGGUAUAGUCGUUACCAUUGCAAUUGUCACCCUGACUGUGUGGCGCACAAAUGACAAAUGGCGCCGACGCCUUGGCCGUUGGAGAGAUGUUUGGGAGCGGCUUCCCUCCCGUGAUCUAUGGGCCCGGGCAAGGGAGACUGUUCUCGACCACGAAACCCUUACUACUGGUCAUCGAAGAUAUGGGUUGAUACCUCCCGCCACAAGCGUUGCAUUCAUCAUCAGCAAAUAUCUUCUAAUCAUCGGGGCCACAGUGUCAUUCCUGAUUGGUAUGUUCCUUGAAGUGUCUCAAGGAGCCCGGGCUCUUGGCUAUAGUGUCGCUAUUGCUUUCGGUAGCUGCUUGCUUAUCGUUGGCAUCUGGAGAUGCUAUGGGGCCAUGAAAUGGUAUCGACGUCGUGCGGCCCAGAAGCGCAAACAAGGGGAUCCUGACAUGGCCUCUGCAAUACCCUCCGGGAAGAGGUUCCGCGAGAAACUGAGGCGAAGAUUGGCAAGAUUCCAGCAACAACUGCGCCAUGCACCUAUCUUUACCAUUUUGACUGUUAUUGUGGAUGUUGUUCUCUAUCCCAUAGUGACGGUUGCUAGUGCUCUCAUUUGGCUCUUUGUUGGCGAUCUACCUGCGCGGGCCGUAGUGCAAUUUGCAGGGUUUUGCAUCGAAAUCGCGUGGCCAGAGAUGGAGUUUGAUCUUAACAAUCCAGAAUACGUCACGCAACUCACACAGCAGUUCUCUCGACCAGGAGAUUCAAUCGAUUGGGAAGAAAGCCUUUCGGAUGAGAGAGCUAGCUUCACUAAGAUCGUCUGUCUUCUUAUCAUUCUGGGUAUGGCCGUGGUCAAGGCAACAAAAGAUGACAAAGACCACCAUGUUGAUCAAGCAACCAAUUCGUCUGAGCUGAUCACCGCAAUUCCCAAUACCGACAACAAGGUUGACACAAGCACUGUCUAGGCGCAAUUUGUAUCUGAACUGGGACCACGAUUGCGAGCAAACAUGGGCAUCGCGGGAUCAGGACAUUGCAAAGCACGGAAAGCCUAGCGGUCACUUACUCGAGAAGAUUCACUCUCCUGUUCCACCGAAAGUGUGUCAGCAGGCCGGCCGAGUACUGUGUACUUGCCAGAUUCUCUAAUCCUUUGAGAUAGGCAAUCCAUACAUAACCGAC